GACUUUGUAGAAGUUGGGUCUCUCAGAGCGACCACAGCUGGUGCGCGACGUUGAUCAGUGAGAGAAUUUGUGAGUGCCUGUGUUUUCUGUCAUCACUAUUGGACUUCUGUGUUCAAGACAUUCUUGAGAGUAUUUAACAUGAGAUCGUCACACCGACACCUUGAGCAUCAUGUGAGCUGAAAUGUCAGUGCAGAAUAAGGGGCACUCGACAAUGGGGCUUCCUCGAGCGAGCGGCAAGCGGCGGUGGUCUGGCGAAGAAGGCGCUGACGCCGUACCAGCCAAGGUGAUCUGUACAUCGCCACCCCACGCCCUCUGUGCUGAGGACGUCUUACACCACCCCGCCCUCACCCACGCCCACGCUUCUACACCGGCCCUCGAGUGCGAGCUGACCUCCACCUCUGUGGAGAGCAAUACAAGCGAGGUCUCCACCAGCGAAUUGCUCUGUCAAGAGCAAAGUGACUCUGCCACUUCGUUUGAGACGACCUCCUCACUUUGUGUGCAAGUAGACUCUACCAGUGUUUUUACCGACUCAGAAGACGAAUCCAUGGACGAUGAACACGAGGAUUUCAUUGACGACGAGGAAGACAAAGACUCAGGAUUCAUUGAUAGCAAUUCAAUAGACAAUUCUUCUGAUGAUGAAGUGGAAAGUACCAGUCGAGUGAUAUCAUCAGCAGAGCCUUCCGUUUCUUCCUCCUCGCUCGCUCCUUCGUUGUCGUCCCAGUGUCUGUCAUUUGUUUCAUCCUCAUGCUCCACCACCACCACCACCACCACCACUGCGGCCUCCACGUCCCUCCAACUGUCACUCUCCAGAGUACUGCCUCAUCCUUCCACGACCCUCUCUGCCAGCAGCGAAUCUUCCCUUCUGCCAUCCACACCUCUGUCUCCGGCAGUUCAGAGCCCCUCUGUCCCAACUACUUUCUCCAUCUCCAACGCGGCUACGCCAGUUGCCGUGUCCCCACUUCCUCUUAGCAGUAUAACGUCACCAUUCGUAGCCUCUACCAUUACCUCCAGUACAGUUACUACCAUGACGACCACCACUAGCACUGCAAGUAACAAUGAGGAAAGGGUACCAACAGUCUCCAUGGUGAGUGAUGGAAGUGUUACAACAGUAACAGCAGCUCAAACAGGAACAGUUGUUACAAGUGCUUACCAGGGAACACUUACAACACCAUCAUAUGAUCCCCAUUCUUAUCCUUAUCCCCCAGAGUCUUAUCCUUCAAGGCCUGUUACUCCAGCUUGGGGAAGCUGCAAUUUCUAUGAUGGAUCUCAACCUAACACUAACAAGUACAUGGAAAUUUCGCCUAGUAAACCUAGUGCUAACCAAUCGAUUCAGUGUGAUGAGAAUGGAAAGUCUUAUUUAGAACUAGGUAGUGCCUCUCCUUAUACCCACACCUAUUCUAAUGACUGCGGAAAUUACACCACUUCUCCAUCAAGUUAUCCUUCUCAAUCAUACAAUCAGACCUGUACCAGUCCUAGCAACAGCAGCACUUAUGGUCAACCCACAAGUUACUUCAACUCACGCCAAAGUUACAGCCCUAACCCAUAUAACGUUUAUCCUGCAUCUGAGGGUUAUGGCAAUUUUGAAAAUGAAACAGGAUGUGGUUAUGGAUAUGGUUCAAAUGGAUACACAGGUGCAAGAGGAGGUACAAUGCCUCCAUCUCGUGGUCCUCCAAGAUGUAUGUCUCCUUAUUGUGACCCUACUCAAGGAGCUGCACGACCAAACUGUUAUCAUCAGCAGCGACUGUCAGUGCUCAACGUGUCCAUGUACAAACUAAACAGAUUUCGGCAAUUUCCAGAGCCCAGCCUUCAUCGCUCUGUACUUAUCUGCAAUACCUUAAGGCAUAUAGAGCGUGAACUAGAAGCUGAAGGUGUUAGUGUAGCUUCAUUAUUAGCACAUUCACAUGCUCAUACUGCAAAUCCUCAUUUGCAAGGGGCAGCUCCUAAUCAAGGAGUUCAGACAUGCCCUGAGCCCAUGCCGUCCUCUCCCACCCCAUCUCCAACACCAACAGAGGGACCAUUACCCCCCAUGCAUGCCCCUCUAGUGGGAUCUCCCCUUGCAGCACCAGUGUCACUGCCUCCGUCCACGCCUUCCACACCGCCACCUUCUGUGACUCAUUACACCACCGCUUCUCCCACUGUACAAUACCCAGCUUCUCAGUAUCUACCAACAGAUCAUCCCACAACUUUUGAUAGCAGAGAAAAUGCACAUCUUCGACAGUAUCAGUCUUUACCUCCAAAUAAUUCUCAUACAGAUAGUAGUGGACAAGGGCCUUCAACUGAGGCACACACAGAAGCCGAGACUGAAGAUCCUCCUUCAUUACCUUCAACUAGACCGCCUGCUCUGCCACCUGAGGAACGGACAGAUGCCAUCAACUGGUGCUCAGUUCUCAGCCUUUCAUCCCAGACAGAUUUAGAUUCGAUGAACAACAAUGAGUAUGGUGACUGGGGUGGUGAGAGUAGCUCAGAUAUGGACUACAGUCGUACCGAUGAUGGACCUCCAUGGAAAUUACCAUCUCUAAGUGCAGAUGAUGUGCUCAAAUCUUUCCCAGAGGCCUCAAAAAGACUAGAAACGAACGAGGACCUUGAUUCUAUAAUUAAUGUAUUAGUUGGUUCUUAGCAUUUAGUGUAGUUUAGAUAACUGCUAUUAUUUCAUUCCAAAGGAAUCGGUGUUAAUGUUUGUUUGCCGCUGUGCGGGCAAUAAGAGUACAUCGCAAUCCAGUGCAUUUGUGGACAACCAGACAUUGCUCAAUGCAUGGCUAGCAAUGCAGUCCUUAGGGCGUUUUGCCAGUCAUGUCCUUUGUCCCAAGGAUGCUAAUCAAUCUGUACCACAAAUACCGGGCAAAAAGCAACUCACUCAAGCGGCAUCACAACAGAACAAGAGGCUAGUGUUUUUCUGACACCCCUUUGCAGACAAAUUAAUUACACUUUACAGUAUAUAGUUAAAUAAUAAGUGUCAUAUUUACCAUCACAUGCCUCCUGGGACAGAUCAUGGCAUCCCUUCAUAAUGUUACAAAGUGUACCUGCAUAACAUUACUUUCUUACUGAUAAAACAGUGGCAAUAUAUAAAGGUUCCGUACCAGAGUUUUAUAUAAUUUGCCAAAUAUUUUUUAUGCUUAUUGUAAAGUGAAUUUUAUUGAGUAUUUUAGUAGGAAAAAGGUGCUUAUAUUCAGUUUUAAAUAUAUAAUUCAGAACUGUUAAUUUUUUUAUAUUUUUUUCUGAUGUGCGGUUGUGCCCAGUAUCUUUUCAGUAUUUACAAAUAUUUUAUUCUGUACUGAUAUAUAUAUAUAAUAUAUGUAGAGUAAGCCAAGAAUUAGUUGCAUUGACUGCUCUGGGUCACCUACAAGUUCAAACUAAACUCCUCCUUUGUACGACACCUGCAGCCAUCCUGUGGCCACGUCCAAGUGAGUUCAGCCAGGAAGCUAAAAGUGUCUACCCCAGAAUAUGUUUGGGGUCUAAACACGUCACCAAUGUCAAUUAAGGUCUCCUAAUUUUUUGUUGGUGCAAAUGGGUACAGCAGAUUGUCCACACCAGUUAUUUUUUAGAAACAAACAAAAUUAAUAUUUCAAGUAUUUUCCUCCACUGAACAGCAUAGGUACUAAAAUCAUUUGCGGACAAGUGAGAAAUCUAAUUUCCAUGUCUGCAGACAGCUUGUUUUCGGACACUGCCAGUGAGACCGAGGGAAUGCUUUUUUACUUGUAAAGAUGCAUAUACCCAAGUCAUCUGGAAAUGCAGUGAUUAAUGUAAUCAGUACGAGAAAAAUUAGCUGUCGCAUUGUAAACUGGUAUUGACAAUUUUUUGAAGCCCAAAUUGUUACAAUGAUCUCUGGUGAUGUUUCUUAGAAUGACUCAUUGAUUCUAGUCGUGGUGAUCGCCAUUGACAGCAGUGCAGACAUGAUGAAGGAGCAAAGUGCAAAGCAUUUUUUGCUGUAGCUACAAAAAAGUGUAUGUAUUUUAUGGCUCUUCUGAGUACUUUUCCCUUCCUUGUGAAUUGCACUCCAAGUCUUGAUUAUUUCAUAUAUAGGGUCUUAUAUGUCUUCCUAUGUUUUUUUUUUUUUUUCGUUUUCUUUAAUUCUCAUGAAAUAUUAUUUUAGCCUUGGGUAACCUAUGUACAUGUUUGUUCUUUCUUGAUAAAAACCUUUUUUUUAUCAAGAUAUGUAAAAGCUUGUUUUCUUAUGUAUUUUACAUAGUAGAGGCGCGCCUCAAAAUUAUGUCUCCUCUAGCUUAAAUCCUGUUAUAAUUUCUGUGGAGGGGAAAGUGAGCAACCAAGGUAGCAAAGAUGUGGCCGAGUCUUGUAGCAACAAAAAAUUAACUUUCCAAAAUCAGAAUCACACACAAAACAAAGUUAUUGAUGUUAGCUGCUCAUCAUUUCUCCUGUCAUGGCAUAUUGGAUUCUCACUGUCAAAGUUUUGUUGAGUUUGUUGAAUAAGACGACAGAAGCCACAUGUCAAUCAUCGAAAAUGAAGCAAGUGAAGUCCGUUGGGUGCAAGGGGGAACAUCUGUAGUGUCCAAAACAGGUGGCACAAGUGUCAAGUACAAUGGCUCUGCCUUAAAAGUAAUGUUUAUUAGGUAUUAGAUAAUGUAAUAAUACUUAAAUUGGCUGUGACCACUUGUGGAUCAUUCCUCGAGUGUAAGCUGAGUGAUAUUUAUAUAUAUACAUAUAAAUAUAUAUAUGACUUUUGGUUGUGCUCUACAGAAAUUCUCAAUUUUUUAAAGACUGUUUGUGAUACAAUUGCUCAGAAGUACAGAUUAUUGUAGACGAAUCAGCAGAACCAAUAGAGUUUAUAAUCCAGUGUUAAGUGUAUUACUUAAUACACACGAGUCAUUAGUAUGAGACGCACUUAUGAUCAAAACACGUUUUUGAAGAUUGUCAUUCUUUAGUCAUUGGCCCGUUGUCUUGGCUUGAAAACAGCAAGCAAACCGUCAUAGAGCACGUCGUGCCUUUGGUGUGACAGAGGAAACAAACACUAAACUGUCAACUGCACGUCUGUGACAUUGGUCGUGUUUCGUCAACUCUCCUUUGAGGUUUGAUGAAGUUUUCCUUCUGUUUUGUCAAGGUAAUAAUUCUAAGAAACAUAGUUUAGUCCCCUUUGCAUGGUUAUCGAAAACACAACUUUUCACUGACGAUUACUCCAUAAAAUUCAAGAAAGCACAAGAUAUUGAUGUACUGAGCCCUGGUGUUUUAGAUGAAUUAUCCAGCGAAAAAUGAUUUCGUUAAAUACUGAACUCAAGAUGAACAGAACCGAGUCUACUUCCAAGUAGCCAGACACCCAUCAGAUUGUUUACUGGUACUACUUACUACUUCGCCAGAAAGGUCACGGGAAUAUGGGCUCAGUGCAUUUAUUCGAUUGUUAAUGGUGUUGGAAAAACGCUGAGGAGUAGAGGACUAAUAUCCCCCGUUACUCUCCCUAACCUCUAAAAUCCCCCUCCCUCAAUUCCCCGCCGUAUUGAUUAGCACAGGACACGGCAUGCCACCGCCGGUGGUUCUGGCGUCCCAUGGGCCUUCGUCAGUAGCAUUUUCAAUUAGUAAAAAGGCAAAAUUUACCCCCCCGGCCCGCCCCUUCCGACGAUAUUCAAAUGUACAAGAGGCGGCCAAUGGCAUUUUCUUUCAAAACGUUCACACGUAUUCUUUCGCACUUGAACCGAUAAUCUUUCACGUCCAUAAUAAUCAUACCAGCGCACGCAUCUUUGACCGUCACCUCGAGUUCAAUCUUAGAGUUUAUCCAUCCCUCUCUCUCCUUUUGCAAACGUAUCGCGUAGUAGCUGCACAAAGUUCACAAAAACUAGUUUCAAAGACUAACCCCCGAGCGAUCUCUGGUGUAGAAUCCAAAUAAUUAUUAUUUUCCCCGGGAGAAGUCAUACUAAUGACAUCGUGACCACAGGCUCAAAGGCUAGAGAACCAGUGGUAUGUCUGUCUGUAUGUAUAUGUAUGUGAUGGACACUGGUGGUGCCCUCUUCUCCUCUCGGCUAAGAAACGAGCGGCGACAGACUUCACUUGCUUACCAUAGGGGUUUUGGAAGGCUGGUAAGGUGCUAGGGACCGUCGAGUGCAUUCUGGAUACAAAUGCCUUAUCCUUCCCCUUACCGCCUAGAACCAUCCCAUAAUUAUCUGUGAUCCUACUCAUUUAUAGGAUGACCAAAUGGUUAUGGUAAUGAAAUAUAAGAAACAUAAAAAGUUAAAAAAAAUAUAAAUCUAAAUAUCAUUUUUGUUCUGAAGCUGCAGUUAUUUUGUGCAGGCUUAAAUGAAUAAAAGAUGUACUUAUACUGUAGUAAUUUGUUCUAUAAAGCUGAGCAGAGAAGAUUGAAGCCAAAGAUAUUUUCCACGAGAAACAAAAUUUUAAAGGUGACAUUUUUGGCAGUUUUCAUAGAUGGCUUUAUGAAGCAAAUGAAGCGUAUUUUAUAUAGAGUUUGUGUAUAUAUUUAUUAUAUGUAAAUAUCUGUAAGUAAUGUCAAAAGAGAAAGCAAUAAAAAUCAAGUGUA